AUGGCAAGCUUCAGCCGAUAUAUGAAGCAUAUAGAGGAAGGAAUAGGAAGGGCUUGGUGCAAGACCAACCAGGACAAUCCAACAGGAACCAUCUGUGGCUUGUCCCCAAACGGACAGACCCAGGACGUGGAUGGUCUUGGAAACCGCUGGAUCGGAAUUCUAGGGACAGACGCUGUGAUGUUGAGCAACAUAGGCCAGGCUGCGAAGAUCAUCUGCAACUCAAUUGAUACUUGGGCCGCUAAUCUGGAAUCACAGGAGAGGGAAGGACAGUGGAACGAGUCUAGAUGCAUCUCAGGGGAGUUAGGAAUCCAAGGCAGACCGUCAAUCCAUUCCACGUGUAACUGGAAGGCGGACCAAGCAGUAUGGUAUCUUAGUCGAACGGUCAGAACUUUAAACCCAAAAAAUCCAGAGCAAAGAAGCUUAAUGGUCUGCAUGGAUAUAGUUUCAAUAAUCUUAGGAAUCUUCGGCAACGCACAAAAAACAGAUGACGAGUAUAAAUAUAAGAACAAGAAUUUAUGCCAAAGCGUUUAUGAAGCCUUCUGCAAGUGGGGCGGGCAGCAAAUAGCCAAUGAUCUCAUGGACUUCUGGUUCCCUGACAACACCACAGGCAUAAAAAUAGGAGGGAAAACCUUGCCUUCCACAACAGGACAGGGCGGGACGUGGAGGGACGCAUUAUAUAUCCGACCAAAAGGAAUAACUAGCAUACAGUGCAGCUCCGACAAAAGUCAAGGAACCAGGACUUAUACAACAAGCUGCUAUUGGACCAAGGAAACUUCAGGUUGUCAAAAUUACAGCGAUAACGAAUGGACUGCUGCUGAGGAAUGGAAACGAGAGUCCAAACAGGUGUCCGAGACCAGCUUGAAAGAAUAUUUCAUUCAGGUAGAAGCCGGAACACUGGGAGGUUCAGAAUCAGAUAUGAGCAGCAAUAAGACAGAAUCCCAGAGAGUAUUAGGGAGGUUUAUGAUAUCAGGGAAGAAUCAACCACAGAGAUGCAAAAAAACGGUGCUGUUCCUAAGGUACGCCAGGGAGCGCCUGAACCCCAAAUUAUCCCGCAACCGAAAGAGGAAACAGAGGAGGUAA